GGGGCGACAGAGUUCCGGUGAGCUGCUCUACAGACCGGAAGUUGAUCUCCGUCGGCCCGCCUCAGCUUCCGCUGCUCUGAUGUCGGAUGGAUCGUCUGAUUUGGGCUGUUUUUCUUCUAUUUUCAUAAACUUUUGGUCUCGGAGGCGUUUUUGGAACCAGUCUUAUUCGUCAGUGAAGCGAGCGGUGGCUGCUGGGUCAUGAGCAACAGCCACCCCCUGCGGCCGCUGGCCUCCGUGUCGGAGAUCGACCACAUCCACCUGCUGUCGGAGCAGCUGGGAGCGCUCGUGCUCGGCGAGGAGUACAGUGACGUCACCUUCAUCGUGGAGGGGAAGCGCUUCCCGGCGCACCGGGUCAUCCUGGCGGCGCGCUGCCACUACUUCAGGGCCCUUCUGUUCGGCGGGAUGAAGGAGUCCCAGCCUCAGGCCGAGGUGCGUUUGGAGGAGACCCGAGCCGAAGCCUUCUCCAUGCUGCUGAACUACCUGUACACGGGCCGGGCCAGCCUGAGUUCUGCCCGGGAAGAGGUGCUGCUGGACUUCCUGGGCCUGGCUCACCGGUACGGCCUCCAACCUCUGGAAGACUCCACCUCUGACUUCCUGCGCACCAUCCUGCACACCAACAACGUCUGCCUGGUCUUCGAUGUGGCCUGCCUGUACUCUCUGAGCGCGCUCAGUGCAGCCUGCUGUGCUUACAUGGACAGACACGCGCCCGAGGUUCUGAACUCAGACGGGUUUCUGACGCUCUCUAAGGCCGCUCUGCUCACCGUGGUGCAGCGGGACUCCUUCGCUGCCACGGAGAAGGACAUCUUCCAGGCCUUGUGUCGCUGGUGUCACCACCACCAGGACGGAGACCACACCCAGGAAGUCAUGUCAGUGGUGCGGCUGCCGCUCAUGACGCUGACGGAGAUGCUGAACGUGGUGCGACCUUCUGGACUCGUGAGUCCGGACGACCUGCUGGACGCCAUCAAAACCCGAUCCGAGAGCCGCAACAUGGACCUGAACUACAGAGGAAUGCUGAUCCCAGAGGAGAACAUCGCCACCAUGAAACACGGCGCUCAGGUGGUCAAAGGUGAGCUGAAGUCGGCGCUGCUGGACGGAGACACUCAGAACUACGACCUGGACCACGGGUUCUCCAGACACCCCAUCGAGGAGGAUGGCCGGGCCGGCAUCGAGGUCAAACUGGGUCAGCCGUCCAUCAUCAACCACAUCCGCCUCCUGCUUUGGGACCGGGACAGCCGCUCGUACUCCUACUACAUCGAGGUGUCCAUGGACGAGCUGGACUGGAUACGGGUGGUGGACCACUCCAAGCACCUGUGCCGCUCCUGGCAGAACCUUUACUUCACCCCACGAGUUUGCAGGUACGUUCGCAUCGUCGGGACUCACAAUACGGUCAACAAGGUCUUCCACCUGGUGGCCUUCGAGUGCAUGUUCACCAGCCGCUCCUUCACGCUGGAGAACGGCCUUCUGGUUCCCGCUGAGAACGUCGCCACCACAGCCUGCUGUGCCAGCGUGAUUGAGGGAGUGAGUCGCAGCAGAAAUGCCUUGCUCAACGGGGAUACUCGCAACUAUGACUGGGACUCUGGCUACACCUGCCACCAGCUGGGUUCUGGAGCCAUCGUCAUCCAGCUGGCUCAGCCCUACUCUGUCAGCUCUCUGAGGCUGCUGCUGUGGGACUGUGACGAGCGCUCCUACAGUUACUACAUCGAGGUUUCCACCAACCAGCAGCAAUGGCUCAAAGUAGUGGACCGAACCAAAGUGGCGUGUCGAUCCUGGCAGACGCUGAAUUUUGAUAAACAACCUGCCUCCUUCAUCCGCAUUGUCGGGACUCACAACACUGCUAACGAGGUUUUCCACUGCGUUCAUUUCGAGUGUCCAGCCCAGCUGGACACAGAGGUCAAGGAGGGUUCUCCGGGUUUGGACUCGUCGGAUUCUGGGGGGGGCGGCCCGCAGCAGCAGCGGUCCCAGCGGCCCCCGCGUUCCCACAGUCUGCUGUCCAGCCAGCCCUCCCCCUCCUCCUUCUCCACUGCACCUCAUCAUUGAAAGAAGCCCCUCCCCUUCUGCGGGCAGGUAUGGCAGCACCUGCCAUGCUUUUUGCACAGACUCCAUGGUUCAGAUUGCACUGUUACACUAAUGCUGCCAGACGCUCCACCACAGCAGCGUGGAGAGCAGCUCUCGUCUUCCCUGGUUCGUGUUGAUGUUCCUGCGUGCAGCUGCAGGAAAACCAUCAUGGGGGUCCGGUCAGACGGUUUUUAGAUCAACCAUCUCUGAAGAAUCUUUCAUAUCAGCGCUGAGCUGCUUCGUUUUCCACAGGAGUUUAUAAGGAAACACGUGUCAAAAUAAAUCACAGACUUUCACAAUAAAAUAAAAAGGUUUUUUAGGAGAACACAAACUUUUGCUGAUGAUUAGAAUCUGCGCGAGAUCUUUGAUCAGGAUAGGAACCAGAAGGUCCCCCGUCACAGAGAAGAAGCUUCACGCUCAAACACUGUGGAGCCGGCAGGAAGUGACGUUUCCCGAAUGAAGCUGUUAAAGCUGUGCGUCAGCGUCCUGCGUGUGUUUGCACUUUGAGUCCCUUCCUCAAAUAUGAUCAAACCUGAAACACUUGGAGUCACGUUUGUUUGUUUGUUUGUUUGUUUGUUUAGACAAGUAUUUAAGAAUGAUUCAAUGAGCUUCCUGAGUGAAUCAUCAGGCUUUAGUUCCUGUCAGACUGUGAUGUACAAGCUGGUAGAGGUUCAGUUUUCCUGGUUUUGUAUUUCUUAUCAAAGUGUAUGUUUCCUCUUGUUUCUACAUGAAUGGUCCGAGGCGCUGCCCUCAGUGUGACGUUUCAGGCCGCCAUGGUGAUGUCACUCUGUGUUCAUUAAACCUUCAGAAACCUG